AUGGUCAGUGUAGUGACCGAAUCAAAAGAGAAGAAAGCCGUCCUGUUAACUAAUCUUCCCACUGAAAAGUACCAGCUGGCGAAAGAUUUGGUGGUGCCAAUAUUGGUAAGAGAGGAUUCUCUCACGUACGUCACGAACGCAGAACGUCUCCAAAAGAAAUUGAAGCCUUCGAAAUCUGCUCUAGUCGCCAGGUAUGAGUUUGACAACCCAGCGCGUAAAGCAGGAGAAACGGUGUGAGUCAGUAUGUUGCUGUUUUAAAGCAUCUAGCUACGAAUUGUAAGUUUAAUGAUGCCAUGCGAUUGGAAAGACACAGAUAGAUUGAUGUCGAGUAUUCGAGAUAAGAGAAUGAUGUCAGAGCUUUUGAAACUGAAACUCGAGAAACUAGCAUUUGACAUUGCUGUAGCGAAAUACAUCGCUAGUGAGCAGUCUUAA